GCUAGGGACGCGCGCGUUUUUAGAAACGUUAGUAUUGCCGUGAAAGCAGCCCUUAGAAGUGCAAAAGUAUGGAAGCUUUUCAGCCAUUGUGUCAUUUUUACAUAUUUUUCAAACUACACAUAUAGUACUUUCGAAGCUUUUUUGUCAACGUCGGCUUCGCAAGCUGCCGUGAAACGUUCUUGACGCGGAUCUCCUGAAGUGAUGGUUUUAUUAUACCGUCGACCUAAAUCCACGUUUUCAUAUCCUAAGAGUGACAGGAAAAAAAAAUGUCACAUUCGGGACGAGUGUCUCGACAAGAGAAAAGAACAACAAAAACAAAACAACAAGACUUGAGUGUAUCAUACGACGAAGAGGAGGAAAUUUCUGACUAUAGCUUUGAUGUUGAUUCGGGUGAUUUUGCAAGGAAUUCAAAUAUUUCAAAUAAGCAUCGUCAAAAAACAUUGUCAUACGAAAUCAAAGAGAAAAUAAACACCAGCGACACAGAUGAUACAGAGGAAGAUGCAGCAGCAGCAGCAGCAGCAGCAGCCGCCGUCACCACAGAGGAUAAUAUUAGACCACGAAGAUCCUCGUUUCAUGAGAAUAAAACCACAUUGGAAUUGAGAAAGGGUUCCAAUGAAUUCCGCUCCGAUGGAGCCUUCAAGUACGAUGAGAUCGAGAGCCCGGAAGUCUUGGAGAGGAAGCGAAAACGAAGACUAUCGAGACGUCGUAGAAGUGAAAAUCGUUCUCUCGAAACGUCAAAAGAUCUCGAGGAAAACAGAAAGAAAGCCUCAAGUAGAACUCAUGGUAUUUCCACUUUCAACUCGGGAGAAAAAGAUACCAAUGAAAAAUCAAGAAAAAAAGGACAACGUUCCAACCACGGUGAGGUUAGCGAAAAGGUCGAACUUCCCAUUGCAGAAAUAUUGAAGAAGGCACAGGAGAAUAAUCGGACCAAGUACGCGGAGGAGCCGAUUCCUUUAACAGAACUAAAGUCGGAUACGAUCUAUGUUCAAGGUAGAAAUGGUUUUAGUGCCAUGAAGAUAACACGCGGUCGUUCGGCGAAUAAGAAAAAAGUUGAAAAAUCAGCGGAUUCCUAUUCUCAUCCAAUAAGAAUUGCGAUCUUGGUUCAGAAGGUCUGGAAAUGCACUGGUUUUAUCUGUCAAGGUCUUUUAGCGGGAAUGGCUUUCAUGCACUUCAUCUUGAUUCAAACGUACUUUAAUGAUUCACAUGAGUUUUUACAUAGUUAUUCGUAUUUGGCGGAAAUCUACACGAAUAUUUUUUCAUUCCUUCUCGUCAUGUGUCUUAUCGCUACUUUCGACAAAUUCGAUCUUGCAAAUUUGGAUGUUGAACAUCUGCGAGAAAUCUACAUGAAUGAAGCUAAAUCUGCAGUGGCAAUUCCGUUAUAUCUGAUCACAUUUUGCUUGCACCAAGUAUCUCUGAGGGUUGACGAUAAACUCUCCUUGAUAUACUAUAAUGCAAGUAGUAUUAGUAUCACUGAAACGACCUUCAAGAAUGAGAGCAGCAUUCAAGUUCCACUCAACGAGAUGACGACAUGGCAGAGAAUGACACUGUCAAAGGAUGUGCUUGCUGUGUUGGCCUGGUUCUUUGUUUCUCUUGGUACUCGAGACGACAUGUUGUUGAUACACCUCGAAACUAUGGAGAAAUAUGCGGAGAUUCUCCGUUCAACAACGUGACAUUAUUGAUCUAAAUAAUUAGUUACCUUUCUUAUUUUACAGAAAAAAAGUAAAUAAAUAAAAAAAACCUUUCCAUGAAAAAAAAAAUAAAAAGAGGAUAUAGAGUAUAGGAAAUAAAACUAUAUAUAUACUAUCUCUCCUCUCUCU